AUGGGAAACGGAUCCUAUGGUCAAGAACAGGAUACCAUGUCAAGCAGUGGUGGUGGUUUCCAUGUUCUACACACUUCUAUUCAUUUAACAUGUCUGGAACAAAAUGAAGAGAUUAAGGUAUCAUAUUCUGUGAAUGAGACCUGCAGUUCAGAUGACUUUAGAGCACUGGAUGAAAUCGCAAAAGGUUUGGAGUCGGGGAUUACUGGCUGGCGAAAGAAUUAUGAUUGUUGCAGUUGGGUUGGCGUCAUGUGCGAGUUGUUUUCUAGCAUUGGUUUAGAGGGUUCUAGUGUUUGGGAAACAAGGGUUGUUGUUUUGGAUCUUGGAAGCAGACAAUUGAAAGGGAAUUUUCCUGUGUCAGUGGUUCAUUUGAAACACCUCAGAUACUUAAAUUUCUCUGACAAUUUCCUCAAAGGUAUGUUGCCUGCCAGUUGAACUAUUCUUCAUGCAUAACCUCGAGGUCUUGGAUUUGAGUGACAAUGGGUUCAGUGGUCCAAUCAUGGUAAAAUCUUGGCCAACUUCUAUUAGAUUUCUCGAUGUCUCUAUUAAUUUACUUGAAGGUGCCCUUGACACAGGCUUCUGCACAAACUCAACCUACAUUGAAGUUCUUAAUCUCUCAUUGAACUUGUUUAGUGGAAAUUUCCCCGUUGGUUUCGGGAACUGCACAUCCUUACA